AUGGAUCUCCCUGCAGAAGAGGAGCAGCCGUUGUAUUCUCAGCGACCUGAGUGGGCCGAUGUCGUUCCCUUAGAACAGUACGAAAGUGUCGCCCCUCUUGCGCCCAUCUUUUAUACGGAUGAAUACAGAGAUGCCACGAACUACUUCAGAGGGAUCGUCAAGAGCGGUGAGAUGAGCCCAAGGGUGUUGGAGCUCACGGAGAACAUAAUUCGGCAGAAUCCUGGACACUACUCUGCAUGGCAGUACAGGUACAAAACACUUAUGGCAUUGAAGUCUCCCCUCGACGAUGAGCUUCAGCUGAUGGAUGAACUUGCGAUCAAGCAUCUCAAGACAUACCAAGUCUGGCAUCAUCGCAGGCUGCUCGUGCAGCAGACCCGCAAUCCCGGCCCUGAGCUCGAGUUCAUCGCUAACUCGUUGCAAGUUGAUACGAAGAACUACCACACGUGGUCGUACAGACAGUGGAUCCUCGCGUACUUCAAUGACGACGCGUUAUGGAGCCAUGAGCUGGAUUUCGUGGAGAGCAUGCUUGAAAGUGACGUGAGGAAUAACUCUGCAUGGCAUCACAGAUUCUUCGUCGUCUUUCAAUCUGGGGUACGAAAUGGGGAUGAAGACAGAGAUGCGGUUGUCCGGCGGGAGCUUGCAUUCGUGAAGGAGCGAAUUGCAAUUGCACCGAAUAAUGCAUCUGCGUGGAAUUACCUGCGCGGGAUGCUUGAUCAUGCUAAAAUUCCUUAUUGCGAACUUCAAGCAUUCGUGCUGCCUUAUUCUCUGCCCCAACCUCCUUUAGGUACACCCCCUGAGGUUGUUGAUCUUGAGAGUCCUCUUCCUUCGAAGAAUUCACAACUGCCCUGCGUCGCUGCUGUUGAAUUCAUGGCUGAUAUUCACGAGGCAGCAGGGGGUGAUGACUUGGUGACAGCCACUGAGCUUUGGAAAUCUCUGGCAAAUGAGCACGAUACUAUACGCAAAAGAUACUGGGAAUACAGGAUCACGGAAUCCUUGAAGACCAAAUCAGCUGGUGACGGCUGA